ACUCGACACACGCCCACCAGCUCCCGCUGCUCUCACUGCCUCACACACACGCCUGUCGUUGCCAGCCCGCUCGCCCCUCACACUCAACCUCCGGAGAGUUCACAUGGCCGUCGAAGUACUCCACCCACCUGACUUAAAAGAAAGUGCACUGAUGAACGAAAAAGAAAACUCUAAUGAGGAAAAAUAAUUGUUAAUGAAGAUAAUAACUUAUCAUGUUGGUUUUAAGUUAGUGAAACUAUUAAGAAUAGUGAAAUAAAUGAUAAUAAGAAUAAGACGUUAAAUUAUAAAAAUAAAACGACGUAAACUGAAAUAAUAUAAUUUGUGAAGAAUUAAGGAAGGUAAAUACUUGAAUAAGGACACUCACACGACGAUGGAAUGUCAUGGCUCUAUCUUGCUCUCACGACGCCACUUCAUGCUCACUCCUGCCGUACUUCUGGCUCUUUUCCACCUGAGUGUGGCAGGCGGAGGCAGCGGAGGCAGUGGAGAAGGCGGCAUUGUGUGCGAGCCCGGGUGGUUCCCCUGCGACACAGAGGUCAAGUGUGUGGAGAGGAGGUUCAUCUGUGACCGCUAUUAUGACUGUCCAGACCGAAGCGACGAGUGGAACUGUACUGACCAUCAUGUGGACGACUUCGUGGAUAUGUUGUACCGUAAGCGACCUGAUGAGGACUCGGAGAAGAGGCAGGGAGAGUGCGAGCUAGAUGAGCCGCCUCUGGUGUGCCGAUGUGCAGACUUCAGCCUCUUCUGCGAGUCACGGGAUUUAACGCAGAUUCCCACACCCCUGCCGGACUCCGCUCGCUACCUCGACAUAUCUGGGAACUUAGUGGAAGAACUAGACGCCUCCACCUUCUCGCCGCUACCGGAGCUGCAAGUACUAGUGGUGAUCCAGGCAGGCGUCACAGGUCUCAGACGCGGCGUGUUCUCUUCCAUGGCCCAGAUUCACGAAAUUCACUUCACAGGCAACGACCUUCAUACCCUGGAGAAUGGCACAAUGGAAGGCACCAGUUCACUCUCUCACCUACAGCUGAGCAGCAACAAUAUCAGUGAUCUGCCUGACGGGUUUUUCGUCCACAACACCAACCUGCAGAGGCUUGAACUCAAUGACAACAACCUGACAGAGUUGCGUCCAACCAUGUUCCUGGGUCUCAAAAAUUUGCUAAAUCUGUACAUCGAGAGGAACAAGAUGGAGUACCUGUUAGAAGAGGUGUUCUGUGAGAUGCCCCGCCUUCAGUUCCUGUACCUGGGCACAAACCACCUGCGGACCGUCGCACCUGGCACCUUCAUCACCCUCACCUAUCUACACCUGCUAUCCUUGGAGAGGAACCGCCUUACUACACUGCUCAACGGGACCUUCGCUGGUUUGGGCCUCUUGAAGACCAUUAUCCUACAAGACAACGGGCUGAGGUACAUCGAGCCUGGAACCUUCAGUGACCUGGUGUCCGUCGAGUCUAUGAACCUUGAGGGUAAUGAUUUAGAGGAUUGUCCCGAGACUGCUGUGUUUCAAGACAUGACCAACCUCGAGUAUAUAUAUUUCGACGAAUUCCAGCUGUGUUCCUUGGCCCUCCACGUCCGAGUAUGUGAGCCGAAAGGUGACGGUAUCUCUUCUGUGGAACACCUGUUGGAUAGUCUGGUACUCAGAGUCAGCGUGUGGGUGAUGGGCGUCUUAGCCUGUGCGGGAAAUCUCUUAGUGUUGAUCGGUCGCUUCGUGGUGAAGGAGCCCAACAAGGUUCACUCCUUCUACAUCAAGAACCUCUCACUCUCCGACCUGCUGAUGGGCGUCUAUCUUUUCAUCAUCGCCUCCUACGACGCCUCCUUCAGGGGGUCGUACAUCCGCCACGAGUACUCCUGGAGACGUUCGUGGCAGUGCAAUCUUUGUGGGUUCCUCAGUACACUCAGCUCAGAGGCGUCGGUCUUCACACUCACCACCAUCACGCUCGACCGUUACUUCUCCAUCGUACAUCCAUUGACCCUGAAGGAGAGGAACUUGCGUAUACCUGUUGGGGUGAUGAGUAUCACCUGGACCUUGGCCGCCCUCCUAGCUCUCCUCCCGCUCCUCGGCAUCCAGUACUACGGUGACAACUUCUAUGGCAGUAAUGGCAUGUGCCUUCCGCUGCAUAUCCACGACCCCUAUGCCAAGGCGUGGGAACACUCUGCCAUUAUCUUCAUUGGUUUCAACCUGGUAGCCUUCAUGUUCAUCGCUUACGCCUACGGGAGGAUGAUCUUAGCCAUUAGGGAGUCCCAGAUGUCGCUCAGGUCGACGCAGGAGAAGCAGGACAGAAUCCUAGUGAAGAGGUUCGCGUUCAUCGUGGGCACCGACUUCCUCUGCUGGAUGCCUGUUAUUGUUAUUAAAGUCAUCGCCCUGGGAGGUGUGGUGAUAGACAGGACCCUAUACGCUUGGAUGGCGGUGUUCGUCUUACCUGUCAACUCAGCUCUCAACCCCAUCCUCUACACUCUGGCUACCAAGAUCUUCAAGCAACAGGUGGUGAAGAUGGUGUUUCACAUGAGCAGGUGGCCGGUGUCGCCCCCCAGGACGGGCACAGAUUCUAACCCCUCCAACUCCUACGUGAUGAUUUACCGUGGCCGCUUCCAGACUGCACAGAUGUCAACACGCACCACUUCCACGUGGCUACAGAAGACAAGGGGUGGCCAGAGUCUUGAACACCGUGGCAUUUACGGGGCCGCCCACACCAACCACCCGCCCUGCACCUGCCCGCCCACCUGUGACAUCUAAGCCUUUGGCGACACCUGGGCUGUCAUCCUUAACCUUCCCUUCACCUGCGCCAUGUUAAGCUUUUAUACUCAAUGUGAUAUUUCAGCUUUAUCCAGUUGCCACACCCGACUACUGUGUUUUAACUCUCACUUAUGACAAUGGAACAUUCAUCGUAUUGGACGUCAUCCCUCAACGUGCGACAUCUGUAUGUCUUAAAUUCCUUGACAUCUGGAAGCAAUCAUGUGCAGUAUCAGAACUCCUUUCUUGCAACAAGUGAAUCCAUCUUAUCUGCGAGAACUAUAGUUUUUCUCAAACCAUUAAUCAAUUGAAUAUUUCAAAUGACCCAUGUAAACUUCCCAGAUUUAAUAUGAAUUUUUUUUAUUAAUUAAGUAACGAUAUUUAAACCACCCCGCUUUCAUGUGCCUCUUCAUCGACAUCUUAUCCACCCAUCCACCUGCAAUAUCAGAAGCAUACAAUCACUAUAUUUAUUUAGCUUCUCAUCUGAGUCUUAAGAACUUGCAAGAUAUAACAAGUUGAUCCCCUUCUACUGCAACAUAAGAGCUUAAUCAACUGACACCUGAGCUUGUAUGUACUCCUUUGACUUCUCACAUUAGCGAUAUUUGAUCUUUCCAAGCCAGUACUUCCUCUUCUGUAGUAUAUCAUUCCAUUUGUCACAACUGAACACUCAGUCAUACCUCUCCCUUGCGCCACCAGACACUGUGUUGUGUCAUCUUUACUUCAUUCAUUCUCUCUACUUACUUGUGAUAUCUUAACACUUACAUCCUCCGAGGCUCUACGCUUGCAGUAUCUCACCAUUCCUCUCGUGACAUAAGAGGCACCUCAACUGAUAUCUAUUUUUAACCUACACGAGCGAUAUCGAACUUUUCGUUUCCAUUUUUUCUACUUACAUUUCUUUAGUUCUUCAACCUCCAGCUUCAUGAUAUCCUCCCCAAACCUUUUAAAUCUAAACUAACACAUAAUUACCCUUAUCUCACAUUUAAAAUGGGCGCCUUUGAGCGCAACAAGGAAGCGUUGUCACCACAUCACUCGACCACCUUCACUUCCCCAACUGCAAAGUUAAAAUUAUCAGGAAGGAAUUAUGAAUUUUACUACGGAUAAAAACACAUUUUGAUAUUAUCUUUAAAUGUAUUGGAGACUUCGAUCAGUCAGCAGAAUCUGGUUUAACUGAAACACUCAUUUAUAUGUUUCUCAAGAGAACCUAAGUUCAGUCCUACUCUAAAAAGGUCCAAUGGUGUGUGUGUGUGUAUGUGUGUGUGUGUGUGUGACAAAUCUCCCAGUACCUGUCUAACUCUCAAUCAUAAUAAAUAGAUAGAAAAAUAAAUAUAUAUUCAAUAAAAUCAUAAUACAAGAUUACAAUUGGUAUGGCAAGUAUAUACACGUAUACGGUUCAGCAUGCAUAUACACAACGCAGGGAUACAGUGUAUAUACACCGUGGAUGUAUACUAUUUCCAGUGCACUGU